AUGUUUGCAUUUUCUUUGCUAACACCAGGUGAAAAUGAUCAUUCAUUUAAAGCUGGACUACUAUCGUUUGAUAAUAAAUACAACAUACUAGCGGACCCAUCAUGGAACGGUGAAGAUCCCUCUAUAAUAGACUUUUUAGAAAAAGAUUUGAAAAAUGUUAGUGCUAUAUUGAUUUCACAUUCUGGAGUUUCAUAUAUUAGUGGAUUGAUAUUGUUAGUCACUAAAUAUCCAAAUUUGAUAGCAAACAUACCUGUUUAUUCCACUUUGCCUGUUAAUCAAUUGGGAAGAAUAUCAACAGUUGAAUAUUAUAGAUCACAAGGUAUCCUAGGUCCAAUAUUAACAAAUUUAAUUGAAUUAGACGAAAUAGAUUAUUGGUUUGAUAAAUUCAAAAUUAUAAAAUAUCAACAAAACAUUACAAUUUGUGAUGGUAAAGUUUCAAUUACUCCAUAUAACUCUGGACAUUCAUUAGGUGGAGCAUUUUGGUUGAUUGUUAAAAAAAUAGAUCGAAUAAUUUAUGCACCAAGUUGGAAUCAUUCGAGGGAUUCAUUUUUAAAUAGUGCAAAUUUUAUAAAUUCAUCACUGGGUAACAUUCAAGUUUCAUUAUUGCGACCAACUGCAUUUAUAACAUCUGCCAAUUUGGGUUCUCCAAUGUCUCAUAAAAAAAGAUGUGAAAAGUUCCUACAGCUAGUUGACGCUACUUUAUCCAAUGGAGGUUCCGCAAUAAUUCCUACUUCAGUAACAAGUAGAUUCUUGGAAGUUUUUCAUUUGGUCGAUGAACAUUUAAAGGGAGCUCCUAUCCCAGUUUAUUUCUUAUCAUACACAGGAACAAGAGUUUUAAGUUAUGCUUCCAAUUUAUUGGAUUGGAUGUCCCUGAAUUUCAAUAAGAAUUGGAAUAAUGCUGAUGACUCAUCAUCCAAUAACACAAAUUUUUUACCUUUCAACCCUAGUAAAGUGGAUUUGGUAAUGGAUCCAAACGAAAUUAUUCAAAUUCCAGGUUCAAAGAUUAUUUUUUGUUCUGGUGUUGAUUUAAGGCAUGGAGAUUUAUCAAGUAAAAUAUUUUCUUACUUAUGUAAUGAUGAAAAAACUACAGUAAUCUUGACAGAAAAACCUUCCAAUGAUGAUAGUGCAGGUCUUAGUAGAACUUUAUACAAUGAUUGGAAAAAACUAACGGAAGAGCGAACUGGGAAAGUUGUUGAUGGUACUGCUGUUCCGUUGGAGAAGAUCGUAGAUCUAAGUGACUGGACGAUUGAAGAAGAAGCUACUGGGAAUGAACUAAUUGAAUUUCAAGACAAAAUCACUAAAAAGAGAAAAGAAAAAUUAAUGGCAAAGGUUCGAGAUCAAAAGAUUCAAAAUUUAUUAAAUGCAGAUACAAGACUAGAUGUUGAGGAUUCAUCAGAUGAUGACGAAAUAGAAGAGAAUGAAGAAAAUGCGGCUAAAAGGGCUGGUGAGAUAUACGACUCAAUACUGAAAACUGAGAAACAACAAGCGUCAACAACAAAAGAAGUCGAUGAAUUGAUACAACACGAGGCAUUUAUGAUGGAAAAUAUUAAAAACAGUUUUGAAAAACAUUUACCAAUCGAUAUCAGAAUAACACAUAAAUUGAAGCCGAGACAAGCAAUGUUUCCUUUCUUUCACAAAAGGAUACAAAUUGAUGAUUAUGGUCAAGUGAUAAAUGCAAAAGAUUUUGAAAAAACUGAUGAAGUAUCAAAUGCCAAAAUUAUUAUGGAAGGUAAGAAAAAAUUUGAUGAAAAAAGAAGAAACAAACAUAGAGAUAAGGAUCAUAAUAAACAAAAAGAAAUGAUAAAAAAGAUCACACCUCAAGAGCAAGUGAAUCAAAAUUUAUUGACGAAAUAUUUGGAUACUUUAACGCAUCCAGUGAAGCGAGUAAAAAUCUCAGAACGAUCAAAUUCACAAACCCAAUUACGAAUACGGUGUGGUUUAGCAUUUGUUGAUUUAGCUGGAUUAGUUGAUAUGAGAUCUUUGAGUAUCAUAAUUCAAUCAAUUAAACCGUACAAUCUAAUUCUUUUACCAGAUGAAAUCAAUCAAAAACAGUCUGGAAACUUGGAACAAAUCGAAACCUUUUUUAAUAGUCAACAAAUUGAACAAAAAAUCGAAAACAAUAAGAAACAAAUAAUAAAUGGUUCAAGAUAUUUAUCUUUGGCGAAUCUUCGAGAUGGUCUUUUAAGUGCCGCUUCUCCUUUUUCAAGUGGUAAAAUGAAUAUUGCUAUAGCUGAAGACAAUGAAGCAAUUAAGAUUGGUAAUGAUUCCGAAACUGAUGGUGUUAAUGGUAAUGACGUUAUUGGUGUAAACAAUUUUGAAAUUACUUUAGAUGAUCAGUUAGUUUCCACUUUGAAAUGGAAACCAAUUGGUGAAAAUUACAAAGUCGCAAAAGUAUUUGGAGAGUUGGAGCUUGUAAAUACUCGCGAUGAAGAAGAUAAUCAUGGCCAAAAUGAUGAAUCUCCACAAUUAAAGAAAAGAAAGAGUGAUAUCAAGAAUUAUCUUAAUUCAGAUACUCAACUAAAUUUGAAGCAAACUUCUUCCAUUAUAUCUACCAAUUUAUCUGAAAAUUCAUUAGAAGCCAAAAUAUUAGAAACUUUACAAGAUUCAAAAUUAGCACAAAUUAUUUCAAAAAAUGUACCUAAAUUAGCAAUUGGAAAUGUUAAAUUGCCAGAUUUGAAGAAAAAACUACAAUCACAAAACUUUUUCGUUGAAUUCAAAAGUGAUGGUACUUUGGUGGUGAAUGAUAGUUUAGCGAUUAGAAAGAUUGCGUAUGGUGGCUCUUCUGGAACAUCUUCUUCAAUAGCUGAUGUAGAUGAUGAAAAUGGUGAUAUUGUGAUUGAUGGAAAUAUUGGGCCAUUAUAUUACAAAGUAAAAGAUUGCAUUAGAGAUAUGUUGGCUUAUGUAUAA